GCGGUUGAAGUUUUCUUUGUGUUCACUUCCAAACAGCCAAACUUUACGGUUAGAGGAGCGUUACUCAUCGCGCUCGUGGUGCUUUAAGUGCCUUUAAAUUAGUGCUUGGCCACAAAGACGCGGAGCGUGCUUUCGGAUCUAACGCUCCUGCGCUGGCUGGGAAGAAGUUCAUAGCAAAGCAGUGUCUGUUCAGUUGCGAUUUGCCAGUCGGCGGUGUGGCUGAAGGGUGUUUUGCAUUCAAAGACCAUUAAAUGCUCCGAAGUGGAGGGUUAGAGGGGAGCAGUGCGCAUGUUCAGUACUCCAGAGUUGUGCUGUUUUCCCCCUAUUAUGCAUUCCUGCGGCUCUGUAGUAAAGCAGCCUCUCUCAUUGUUAAUAUCCUUGGAGCAAUUAAUGCAUAUGUAGUUCGUGAAAUCAUUGGGCUGUUGCAGACAUGGUGUGUGCUAAUAUGGUUUGUAGCCCUCGUCAGAAGUUUUUUUUGGACAUGCCACUCGGCUAAGAGGAGCGCACACAAAGGGAACUGAGCUACAAAGGCGAAGUUUAAAGAGCAGGCAGCGUGGUGUUGAGGAGCGUAGUGUCCUGCGGGAGCGGAGUGGGGCUUGAUCCCAGUCACAGCCGGAGCUGCGCGCCGAGCUCAGCCCCUGUGCCCAGAGACAGCAGCAGCGCUAGCUUUUAAAUGUUUCAGCCGUCUUAGGUGUAGUUGCAAUAUCAGGCAGUGAAACGGAGGAUGAUGACACUAUGGAUGUUCCACUGGAUCUUUCCUCAUCUGCUGGCUCAGGCAAACGGCGGAGACGUGGCAACCUGCCCAAGGAAUCUGUGCAGAUUCUUCGGGACUGGCUCUACGAGCACCGAUACAAUGCUUAUCCUUCAGAGCAAGAAAAAGCGCUGUUAUCCCGACAAACACACCUUUCCACACUACAGGUCUGCAACUGGUUUAUCAAUGCACGCCGCAGGCUGUUACCUGACAUGCUGAGGAAGGAUGGCAAAGACCCAAAUCAGUUCACUAUCUCGCGGCGAGGGACCAAGCUUCCCGAGGGCGGCCUGGUGGAGUCUGCCAUCAGCACAAAGAACUACAUUCCCUUGCUGGAGGAGACUGCCUUCCUUCCCGCUGCCGCACCGCUUGGCAAGACUGUGUCCUCUUCCAAGCCGGCUUCCCCGGGAUCAGUCCUGGCUCGGCCGUCGGUGAUUUGCCACACGACUGUGACUGCGUUGAAAGACGCCCCUUUCCACUUUUGCCAGCCAGCUGAUGUAGGCCAGACCACGGACCUGCAGCAGCCCCCGGCCGGUGGCUUCACAGAUAACGCCCUCUCCUGCCAUGAGGACGCAUCUAAACUGGGACCUGGUGCAAACACACAAAGUGGGCUCUUUAACACUCCUCCUCCAACACCACCAGACCUUAACCAGGAUUUUAGUGGAUUUCAGCUACUGGUGGAUGUUGCACUCAAAAGGGCGGCAGAGAUGGAGUUGCAGGCGAAACUUAUGGCCUAAAUCCCCUUCCUUCUCCUUCCCCGUUUUGUUUUACCAGGCAGGGAUCUAACAGCUGUGUGGUUAUUGUCACCCACACGAUAUCAAAAGACUUCACUGCAUUAUUAUUAUUUUUUUUUUUAUUAAUCUUAUUUGCACAAGGGGAUUGCUGAAAUGAAGCUUCCUGUCACUGAGAUGGUCUUCAGUGGAAUACGGUCAUUCCAAGAAUUAUAAACUUAAAGCUACUGUAGAAAGAAAGGAUUGUGUGUUUUGUUGGGGUUUUUUUUAAUGUUUUCUUUGUAGAUUUUUCAUAAUGUGAGAUGUUUCCCAAGAUCAUGUGAUUUGUUUUGUUUCUUUCAGACUGUGCAAUAUCUAGUAAUGAUAUAGAGUCUUCUUAUCAUUCCCAUGUGGAACGGAAUAUACCAACACGCUGUCUAAAUUUUCAAUUUUUUUAACAAUACAAACUUUGGAUGAUUAUGCUUUUUUCCCAUAAUAUAAUAAAAUAUUUUCUUUAAAAGCGAUGCAUACAGAGUAUUUUGUUGAAUGCAAGCUUUGCAAAGAACACCAAUUACCCUUGAAAUGAAUCGAAGUGAGAAAUAUUUUUGAGCUCACACUGACUUUGGUUGGUUUAGAGAGCUAUGCUAGCAGUUGUUGUUAACCAGAUGUUUAAAAGAAUGCUGUAAAGUGGGCCAGAAGUUACCUGAUUGUGUUCUGCUAUGGUGAAAUUUUUUUGAGGGGCCAAGAGGAGCUAUGUAGGCAACUCUGACUAAAUUUCAGAGAAAAACCUUGGGCCCCUCUAAGAGUUCCAGCUUUUGGCUCCUUGCAAUAUUUUAGGGCUGGGAAAUGUGAUGGCCCAUGGGGAAGAUCUGAAGAUAAAAGGAAGAGGCCACAAGAGGGGCUGGGACAAGUGUUCUUUGCAGAUCUUUGUGAUGCAGCUCCUAGACAUGACUGGUGACAAAUUUUGACGGGGGAGGGCAAGGGCUUCUACCCUUACUUGGACUAGCAGUGACAAGGUUUUUCCUCAGUAAUUCUAGUAGACUGAAAUAAAGUAGGCUGUAUUGCAUUGAAAUCUGAGUUCUGGGAGCCAGAUCUUUGUGAGAUACUUUAACAGGUGGUUGGCUAAGAUUUAGAGGAGAUCCCUGUUGUAUUGGGGUGUAUUUUUGCCAGCAGAAUCUAAGUUACCUUUCAGAAAAGGACUUUGCUAUCAAAAUGACUUAUUACUGAAAAAUGUGAAGACUUGCAGCUCACAUUUCAACUUACUUGAAUGUCAGUCGCCCACCCUUAUCCUUCCAACAACAGUGAAAUAAGAGACCUCCAGGGUAAAAAAUUGGUUCCGGCUAAUCCUUAAAAACAAACCAGUUGUCUGUUUGGGAUGUUGGGGGAGGGCUUUGAGAGCAGGAGAGUUGGUGAAUUUAAGGAUAUCAUUAUGAGUAGAAAGAAGACUGCAAUAUUCCGACCACUCUGUGUAUGCGUUCUGUUUUCUGUGGCCUUUAUUGUUUUCUAGUGUCAGAAAUACUCUGUUUGUUCUCUGGAGUACUCUUUUGAAUUAUUUUGAACUUCUGCCUUUCUUGAACAUUCAUGUUUAAAAUCAAAAUGGCAAACAGUAAACACUGGCUUAGUUAUGACUGGAUCAGCUUUGUUAACACAGUUAUCCUAAUAUACUGUAUGAAUAUUGAAUUAUUUUUUAAAAUACUUUGAAAAUAAAGCUGGAAAAUAAUUUUGAACAUA